CUAAAUUCUCUGUAACUUUUCGUCUUAGUUGACGUUCUAGUAAAACUUCAAAAUGGCCGCUGUAUUUGAGAAAACUUUUCGGAAAAUUCGACUAGUUUUACCAGUUUUCCUCAAUAAAUGUUGUCAAAAACGAGUAUAUUCAACUAGGCUUGCUGAGGUCGGUGUAUUAGAAACUCCUAAACUUCAAGGGAAAUAUGACACAGGCCAAUUGUUCCUCCACAGAGUUUUUGGCUACAGAGGUGUUGUAUUAUUUCCAUGGCUGGCUAGAGUAUAUGACCGUGAUCUUGCAACAGUGAGCACUGCUAUAAAAGAAAAAAAUACAGAUGAUGGAACUGGUACGGGGAGUAAAGAGGUUGAAGCGAGAACCCAUACUUACUACCAAGUGCUCAUAGACUCCAGAGACUGUCCACAUAUUAGGACGCAAUCUGAGGCAGUGACAUUUCUCGGAAACCAAGAUAACGGUGGCUCACUUUAUGCAAUACCAGGGCUUGACUAUGUUGGUCAUGAGGAUGUCCUUCCAUACACAACGACAGAAAAACAACCAAUAAAACAUGAACUUUUCGACAAAUUUUUAAUACACGAUCCUUACAGUGGUGAGUUAAAACAGAUGCCUCCAUUUAUGCCAAGGGAUACAUUAAGGGCAUGGCAAGAGAAAAACCACCCAUGGUUAGAACUCUCCGAUGUACACAGGGAAACGACAGAAAACAUAAGGGUCACAGUGAUGCCUUUUUACAUGGGCACUACGCAAACUCAACAGACUUUGGUUUACUGGUGGCGUUACUGCAUUAGGCUAGAAAACCUUGGGGAAGAAACAGUGCAAUUAAGAGAGCGAAAUUGGCGAAUAUUCAGCUUGUCUGGUACCCUUGACUCUGUGAGAGGGAGGGGAGUCGUAAACCAAGAGCCAGUUUUGUCGAAAAAUUUCCCAGCUUUCCAGUACAGCAGUCACGUUUCAUUACAAGCCCCUAGUGGCCAUAUGUGGGGGACUUUUAAAUUAGAAAAACCUGGAGGCUCUAUGUUUGAGGUGAAAAUCCCAGCUUUUUCUUUGGAAAGUAAACAAGACGACUCUGGUGGCUUCACAAGGACUUGAAGUAUUGUGAUGUACCAUGGUAAUGGUAAUUGUGCUGAUCUACCAUAAUGGUCAUUGUGAUGUACCAUAUUUGCAGUUGUGAUUGGUAUUCAUGAUUGACUAUAAGAACAGUUUUGAAUUACCAUAGUAUGGUAACCAUGAUUGACUAUAACAGCAUUUGUGAACUACCAUAAUCUUGACUGUGAUGUAUCAUAUUUGCAGUCAUCAUUAUUUGUCAUGAUUUCAGCAAUUGUGAAAUACCAUAAUCUAUGAACUACCAUAAUUACAAGUGUGAUUAUUUAUAGAACAGAAAAUAAAAAAGUGAAAUAUUAUGCAGAAUAUUAGACGUCCAGGGAGAUUUAUGAAGAACACAGUGUAGGCAAGAAAAUUACAUGACAGCGGUGAUCUCCCCAGGAUUUUUUCUCAGCUGUGUGCAAAAUUCUCAUUUUCACAAUUCAGACCAAAUUUGGUCAAAAUAUGCCAAUUUUCCAUGAUUUUUCUAAUUUUCAAGUGG